AAAAAGUUUGUUGUAAAUUAUUUAUUUUAUCCAUUGACGUAUUGUCUGCUAACAGCGUCCGUUGCCACGACAGUUUUGGUGUUCAAUUUCGUUGAUGGAUUUUUCACAUGUGCCUGCAUAUACCUAUGUGUCAUAUUUCAAAUGAUUAGAGUAAGAGUGGCUGAUACACUAUACGACGACAUCGAGUGGUACAAAUGUGAUGUAAAAACUAGAAAAAUGAUUUUAAUGAUGUUGCGUUGCUCUCAAAAAGCAGCAACAAUUGUAGUAUCUUGUUUUAUACCAUCACUGGCGGCCUUCAGUUCGAAAUCUGCUGCCGACGGCCACCGAAUACGUUCAGACGUUUAUGAUGAUGAUGAUGCUCUAUUGCACGAAUUGUUGCAGCUCGAAAGGGAACUUCUGGAUGUGGCCAGCACACUCACAAGACAUGGCGUCUCCUGA